AUGUCAACUGCUAAUAUUACUACUCCCACACCUGCGCAAUCCUAUCCAUUAUCUAUAAGAAAUUCAUCACGACAAAUAACUGAAAAUUUUGAUGAUGAUACUGAAGAACGUGAUGCUUUUCUUCAAUAUCUUAUUGUUAAACAGCCUAAUUAUCAACAACACCAACAGCAAGCUUCUAGAAAAUCGAAUACUAAUUUUACAACAUCAAUUGGUUCAAUUAUUGAUCGAACGCCAACCAAUUUAUUUGAACUUAAACAGCAACGUUUAUUAGCAGCUGCUGAUCGUAAAAAACGUAUUAUUGCACGAAUUGUUAGUAUUGUUGGACUUUUAAUUAUCUUGUUAUGUGCAGCUAUUGUAACAUUAACACUUAAAAUGGCACCAAAAAUUGAUGAACUUGUACGUACAAAAGUUGGUGCACAUCAACUAGUACAUAUCAUAACACGAAUGAAUACGUCAGUAACAACAACAACAGCAACAUUAGCAACAACUCGUCAAGAUAAUUAUACUAUUAAUGGAUCCAUUACAGAAAAGUUUAUUCUUCGAACUCGACAAAAAUUAUUUCCAUAA